AUGCCAGGCGUCCGCGUCGUCGUUGUAGCGCAGGCGCAGCACGUGCGCGCGGCCCGCCUCGGGCACGAAGCUGUCGGCCACCAGCAGGCGGCGCGCGGUACAACACUCACGUGCACAGCGCUAAUGUGCACAGCACUCACCUGUGGCGCGCCGGCGGCAGCUGCCAGGCGUCCGCGUCGUCGUUGUAGCGCAGGCGCAGCACGUGCGCGCGGCCCGCCUCGGGCACGAAGCCGUUGGCCACCAGCAGGCGACGCGCGGUACAACACUCACGGGCACAGCGCUAAUGUGCACAGCACUCACCUGUGGCGCGCCGGCGGCAAAUGCCAGGCGUCCGCGUCGUCGUUGUAG